AUGAGAGGAAUGUCUAAGCCUUCAUUUUAUAUUAGCCUCCUCUCUCGUAAGCAAUUAUUUGCAACGUUACAUGACAGAGAAUAUGGAAUUCCCUAUUACGAUCAACCUGCAGCACCUGUCCACUCUCUAACAUCACUUUCUGGAUCUGCUAACGAGCAUUUCUUGGAUGAAAUUGCUCUAUUAAAAAGAGGGAAAAUAACUCGAGACACACCUAAACACACAUAUCGACGAUAUAGCGCAGAAACGACUGGUCCUAAUGCGGGUCCGGACGAUACUGAACAAGGUCCUAUCACCAUGGCUGAGCUGAACAGCAGAGGUUUGAUGCUCACUAAAGGGCGUAUCAUAUACAAUAUUCCACAUGGAACUCUUCUUGGGGCUAAGAAACAAUCCACGGAAAGAAGUUCGGAUAAUUUUUCGUCGACAGCUAGCUCCACUGGAACGAAGGAAUCCUUUUCGUUUAGCAAUGGUUCACAGAAUUUGUCAAGUAUAUCUUCCUUAGGCGAGGAGACUGGCGCGACCUCAAAAGAGUUCCAUGUCGGGAAUCCUGAGGAGAAUGCAAAGUUAAAAAUCAGUACUCUUAAAGAUGGAAUGAGCUAUCGCUUGUCUAUAAUGGACGAUAUUUGUUUGCUGCGGAAGACUAGCAAGGACACCAUGCUUCUGUGCUGGAAAAAUCGUUGA